AUGGCUAAUUUACAGGAGUAUUCUGGCACCACAAUGGGUACUAGUAUCGAGACGAGAUUUGCCCCAGUGUAUUACGGUGGAUAUAGUGAAUCGCGCGAAACACUAAUCGAGUGCGCACCGGUUGUAAGGGCAAGAGGAGCAGGGUCGCAAAGUGGAAGUUGUGAGCUCGAAUUUGCAGGUUUCUGUAACGCGUUGGACGACAAACCGGAACCGGAAACGUUGCAACUGGAGACGUUGCCAAAGCUGUGCACGCGCUCCAUUUGUGCGAAAACUGCCGGAAGGGUUUCAAAGCGUGAAAGGCUGCGAAAAUGGUUGCGGUCGAGGUGUGCGAGGCCGCGGGGUUUGGAAAUUUUUGGCGAGCACUGCUGUAUGCAUGAAGCAGAGAUCGGGUGUGAUCAGCCACGUACUAGUCCCAUUUCUGGCGAUACUUUGAGAGGAGAGUGUGCGAUAUCAGAACCGGAGCUCGGUGUCGACACCAGAGUUGACACCUCAUUCGAUGACGCGGCGAAAUCGGUCAAAUCCAGAAGACGCGACCGGAUUGCGAAAUUCUGUUUCGGACAGAGGUGGCCCGUGAGUCGGGGAAGGGCGGAGAUCACGCUUACAGAAAAGUACUUGGGAUCCGAGGAAAACCUGGCGAUGUGCAUUGACGAUAUGGAGAGCAUGCCGUUCAGCCUUGAACAUUUGGAAUUGCAACUGGCACAAAGUGAUGCAGAGUCGUUCACAGGCGUCCGAAUCUAG